UCAGGAAUGUCCGAAGAAGCUCCCACGAUUCCCGACGCCUGGGACGUCUCUCAGAUCCCGUCCCUAUCGGGCAAAGUGGCCGUCGUCACGGGCGCCAACACGGGCCUCGGGUACGAGACGGCGCUGCAGUUGGCGACGAAAGGGGCGCACGUGGUUCUCGCCUGCCGCAGUGAAGAGCGCGGUCGUGCAGCGGAGACCAAACUGCGUGAUGUUUUAUCCUCCACCCCUGACGCUGGGACGGUGGAGUUCAUGCAGUUGGAUCUGGGCGACCUCAGCAGCGUUCACAAGUUCUCGGAGCAGUUCAAGGAGAGCCACGACCGACUGGAUAUGCUGGUCAACAACGCCGGCGUCAUGGGCGGGUCCUACGCCGUCUCCACUGACGGCUACGAGCGAAUGUUCGCCACCAACCACUUGGGCCACUUCGCCCUCACUGCUCAGCUGUUCGAGCGCUUGAAGCGCAGUGACGCGGCCCGGGUGGUGAACGUCAGCAGCGGCCUGCACAAGAGGGGCGAGGCCAGCUUCAAGGAGGACGACAUCAUGGUCACGAGCGAGGACCGCUUCGGCCAGGUGCAGACGUACGGGGAGAGCAAGCUGUGCAACAUUUUGUUCACCAAAGAGCUCGACAGACGCCUGAAAGCCGCGGGCAUUGACAAUGUCACGGUGGUGGCUUGCCACCCGGGGUACGUGGCCACGAGUCUGGGCUCGAACAUGGCGGCGGCCAACAACAGUUGGAUCUACUGGCUGCUGAUCAAGAUCGUGACGCUGCUACCCGGUGGAAAAACUCCCGAGAUGGGGGCGAUGCCGACGCUGUACGCUGCUACGGGGAAGGAGGUCAUUGGAGGGGACUAUAUUGGACCGAAGGACAGGAACACGGGCUCACCUGCUCGUCAUGAACCGGCAGAGCUCUGCAAGUCGGAAUCGGCAGCUAAGAAGCUGUGGGCGUUUAGCGAGAAGUUGGCGCACGUGACGUUCGAGGUGGAGAAAUGAGGUGACGCCUCUCGAAUGGAGGAGGACGGCCGGAUGCAAUGCACACUUUUUUUCUUUCUUGUAAGUUUCUUGGUAAUAUCAGCUUGAAUAUGAAUGU